AGCCAUGUUUGAGGUGAACAUGAGGGAGCGAGAUGACGGUACCGUAGCCAUCAGCAACCUGUCGUUGCGAGCCGUCAAGACCUUCCUGGACUUCGCCUACUCGGGCGAGACAGAGAUCACAGAGGACAACGUGGACAUGCUCUUCCAGCUCUCCUCCUUUCUCCAGGUGCCCAUCCUCUCCAAGGCCUGCAGUGACUUCCUGAUCCAGUCCCUGGACAUGUCCAACUGCCUGCAGCUGCUGGCUGUGGCCGAGGGCUACGGCUCCGCCCGCCUCCUGUGCCGUGCCACCGAGUUCAUCACCCAGACUUUCCACACGCUCAGCUCCACGCCGGACUUUCUGGACAUGCCUGCCUCUGUGCUCCGCACCUGCCUGGUUGCCGACGGACUCGACGUGCCCGACGAGCAGAGCGUGCUGCGGGCGCUGUUGCUCUGGACCAAGCACGACCUGGAGGGGAGACAGGGGGUGUUGCCGGAGCUGCUGGCCCACGUCAGGCUCCACCAGCUGCCCCCGGCUGUGCUGGAGGAGGUGGCUCAGUCGGAGAGUCAGCUCCUGGGGGACGGCGAGUGUGCCAGGCUGGUUGGGGAGGCCCAGGCUAAGCUGAGGGAGUUCACUGGGUUCUUCCCCGACGCUAGGCCUUCGACUACAGAGAGCUACAUCUACGUGCAUAAGACGGAGGAAAACGGCGAGAUCCGCCACGCCUUCUGCUACAACAUGAGUGCGGACCAGUGGCGCGAGCUGCCCCAGCAAGCGGCGCGGCUGUACGACAUACCCGGCUCCAGCCUGGUUAGCUUCGGUGAGAAGUUAUUCGUGACUGGCGGCUGCCGUGGCAACUGCUGCCGCACCAUGCGUCUGCACAUCGCCGAGCCGCACCACGAGGCCUCGAACGAGGCCUGGUGCUACUGCCCCGUGACGGACAGCUUCAGCAGCGUGCCGCCCAUGCAGAGGCCCCGCACCAUGCAUGUGUCCGUCACGGCCCUCAACCGCGUCUACGUCAUUGGCGGGAAGACCCGCGGGCCGCGCGGGAUCCGUAGUCUCCUGGAUGUUGAGUAUUACGAUCCGCUAAAGCGCCUCUGGACGUCGGUGAGCGCCUUGCCCCAGGGGAUCUACUUCCCGGAGGUCAGCACGUGCGGGAGCAUCAUCUACACGCUGGGCUCCGAAGUGGAGAUCACAGAAGUCUUUAACCCUUCGCUGGACUGCUUUUUCCGCUACGACGCUGCCAACGACCAGUGGAGCACGCUGGUGGCCACGUUCGGUCAGUUCUUCCACGCCACGCUGGUCAAAGCCGUCCCGGUGAACGAGACGCUGUACCUAUGUGACCUCUCUACGUACAAAGUGUACAGCUUCUGCCCAGAGACGUGCGUCUGGAAAGGCGAGGGCUCGUUCGAGUGUGCCGGGUUCAACGCGGGUACGAUAGGCGUGAGGGACAAGAUCUACAUCCUGGGCGGGGACUACUCGCCGGAUGAGAUCACGGACGAGGUGCAGGUGUACCACAGCGGCCGCUCGGAGUGGGAAGAGGUGGCGCCCAUGCCGCGGGCUCUGACUGAGUUCCACUGCCAGGUGGUCUGCUUCAACCGCUACAGGGACCCCUGGAGGGUGGAGGACCCCGUGGAGGACACAUCGUAAAGCCGCUCAUGUCUGUCUGUCUGUCUGUCUGUCGUUUCUAUCAUAUCCGUCUGUCUGUCUGUCUGUCUGUUGCUU